AUGGGGCAGUGGAAUGAAACUUCUCUGGCUGACUUCAUCCUUGAAGGGCUCUUUAAUUAUUCUCUUACCCACACCUUUUUCUUCUCCUUGACCCUGGUGGUCUUCCUGGUAGCAGUGAGUGGCAACUCCCUCACCAUUCUCCUCAUCUGUGCUGACCCCCGGCUUCACACCCCCAUGUACUUCCUGCUCAGCCAGCUCUCCCUCAUGGAUCUGAUGUAUGUUAUCACCACCAUCCCCAAGAUGGCGGCCAACUACCUCUCUGGCAGAAAGUCCAUCUCCUUUGUGGGUUGCUUUACCCAGCACUUCCUUUAUUUGUCUGUGGGUACUGCUGAGUGUAUUCUCCUCACUCUCAUGUCCUAUGAUCGCUAUGUGGCCAUCUGUCACCCAUUGCGUUAUACUGUCCUUAUGAGUAGAAGGGUGACACUGAUGAUGGCUGCCAUGUCCUGGCUGGGAGCAUCCAUGAACUCCCUUGUUCACACCAUGAUCUUGAUGCGCUUCCCCUUCUGUGGACCUCGAAAAAUCAGUCACUUCUACUGUGAGUUUCCAGCUAUGCUUAAGUUGAUAUGUGCAGACAUCACUGUUUAUGAGAAGACAGUUUAUAUCAGCACUGUCCUUGUUCUCCUCAUCCCCAUCCUGCUGGUCUCUGCAUCCUAUGCCUUCAUCCUCCGCAGUGUCAUUCAGAUGCAAUCUGCUGGGAGUAAGAGAAAUGCCUUUGCCACUUGUAGCUCUCACCUCACUGUGGUUUCUCUCUUUUUUGGUGCCUGCAUCUUUUCCUACAUGAGACCUAGAUCCCAGCGCACUCCACUGCAAGACAAAGUUGGCUCUGUGUUCUACAGUGUCAUAACUCCCACCCUGAAUCCUUUGAUCUACACUCUGCGGAACAAGGAUGUAGCCAAGGCUCUGAAGAAUGUCCUGGGAAGAGACAUUAUCACCCAAUGA